GGCAAGUGAUAUAGACUGAAACUUAAGAUCAGAGCCGUUGGAUGCCUUUAGUCUGGUUUUGUGUAUCAACACCACAGGAUAUUCUCAAACAGUUUUUCGUUCGUUAUGAGCAGUGAAUGAACGAUUGUCGCGAGCGUGACCAGCAGAAAUCAAGUGCCAAGUGAAAAACAUCCAUUUUCUUUCCCCGACGUCAAACGUGAAUUCUCAAGGUCUGCGUGGACUGGCGAAUGGAAACGCCACUGACGGUCGAAAAUGGAGCCGCUGCCGCGGGAAAUUCAAAUCUUCUGCCCUUUGAUUCAAACAGGUUGGAUGGCACGGCUAGCAGUUCAUCGCACAUCACUGUCUUCCCCGUUCAGACACUGCGACGUCUUCUACUCAUUUCGGUUUCAGUCGUAUUGAGUGAAAUUAUCCAGUUCAUUUGCCAAGUUUGUCUAAUCAUGCAAUCGAGACGGCUGUCAGUUUCAGCCAUCAGCGCUGUUCUCGUCAUUUGGACUUUGCUUGCUUUAACCCUGACUGCCCAAUGGGUCAUCUUGUUGAGCAGUAACCGAGUGGCAAUAGUAAAAAGAGGGAAAAUGCUGAUUUGCGGAUGUCAAGGACUUGCUGUCCUCAGCUUAUUAGCUUCGAUCGCCCUUCUCUCCGUCCAAUACGAAGUGAACAAAUGGAAAGAGGAUAAUAUCAAAAUACUUGUUGGCGUAAUAGUCGGUACCAACUGUUUAAAUAUCCUUACACUCUGCCUCAUUUUUGUGUUCAUCGUACGAGGCCAAAAAAAUGUCCAUCAGGUCAUAGGAUCUUGGCUUUGGUUAGCCAUUCAGCAACACAUCCAGCGACAGCAGUUGCUGUUAGAGGAAGGCGGAGACAUUUCAUUAAAAGAACAUUUGCAAGCAGCCUACGACGCAGAGGAACUCAUCUUUUCAGCAGAAGCGGCUUGAUCCUCAAAAUUCCUCCCCAUUUUUUGUAAUUUAAUCAAUUGAUUGCAUCGCAGAGAAAUUGUUAACAAGUCAAACAUAUAAUUGUAAAUAAUACACCGAGAAUAUACCUGUGGAAUGUCAAA